AUGGUAACACUGACUACCGAGGUAUUCAUUCACGAUGAAAAAGCUUUGUCUGUCUCACUGGAGAUAAGAUGGAGUGGUCUCGAGCAAAGUUUAUUUAAAUUCAUUCAGCUUGAGCUUGAGCUCGAGCUCCUCUCACAUAAUGACCCUGGUAGUAGCUGUAAUCUUGGACGGCACACCUGGGCCGUUGCAUGCUUAAUCGAUAUCAAUCGCGCUGCAUGCGGAGAACGGUCCCUGCUGUACAGUAUCAUCCUGAGCAGCCACAUGCUAUGCAGCGGUUAUGCAGUAAGUCAGGGAGCUGAGGCUGAUAGACCUUUUCCAAAGCCUUCUCGUCAGUCCCAGUACCCAAUGAACUAUGAAGCGCCAUCCCUUCGAAAUGGUCUGCGAUACGAUCUGUCGCAGGACGAAUGGUAUUUCAGGCACAUCGAAUUUGCCAUGAUCAGUCUGACGCUGCAGGUUGACGUCCAUAACAAAUUGAGUGGCAUGCGGGCGACUCAAGACGUGAAGGCAGCCAUGAAGCUAGAUUCGUCAGCAGCCUUUUGGGUCGACAAAUCGAAAGCGGCGACAUCAGACUGGGAUGAUAAACACAAAAGAGGCUGGCGACUGUGGGUGAAGCGAUAUCAGGACUUUUCAAAGGCGGCAAGUAAGUUUUUGCAAGACUUUGGACCCAUUGUGGCAAUCGUAAAAGCAGCCGGACCGUACGGAGAAUUAGCCAUUGGGAUCAUCAGUGUCCUCUUUACAGUCGCAGAAAGCAAGAGUGAUAUAGAUGAUUUGAUUGCCUCCACCAUUGCGAGCAUUAAAGAUCGCCUGCCUGGAUUUCGGAUGUACCAAGAGAUCUUCGCAGAAGAAGAUGAGCACCAACGUCGUCUGAUCAAGAAGAUAAUGCUUGCGUAUGCGUCCAUCAUGGAACUUACGAUUCAAGCGGUCCAACACUAUCUUCAACAAUCUUUCAAGCAAAUGGCAGACAAUGUCCAGCUGGCGAUCCUCGAUGUGCGUCUGCAGUGCGAGGAGGUAACCAUCAAGAAUGUGAACGACAUCAGACAACAGAACGAAAGGCUCACGAAAAUGGUGGCUCGCCUUGAGGAGGACAACGGGAAUCGCAAUCUGCUGACAAUUCAGAGUCGCACUCCCAAAAGCUGGACGACCACAACGCUAGCCUUGAGUUUGAUCGCUCGCAUCAAAGCUUGCUUAUACCAUGAGCAGUAUUUCUUCCAAGCAUGGAAAAGUUCGCAGGAGCCAGCUGUGCUGAUCAUCGUAGGCAGAAACUACCUGUCCUUGGCUAGACAUUGCUGGAUGUCACCAGUUGCAAUAUGUCUGGUCAGAGAGCUCGGUUCACAGUCGCAAGCAUGCGCUUCGUACAUAUUCGAUAUUUCAAGGGGAGCCAAUACGCAUGAUGCGGUACCGGAACUCCUUCUGCAGCUUCUGCGGUGGAGGAAAUCCGCUUUAGGCGAAGGCGACUUCCUGAAUGCUUUAUGUGCGACAAUUGAAAAGUAUACAUAUAUGCACGAACGCGGCAAUGCUUUGCCGAGUGCUGUGUAUCAAGUAUUGGGCGAAAUCGCAAUGAUGACUCUCGGGCUGUUUGCAAGGGAAGAGACAGUGUACAUCGUCCUGGAUCGGGUAGACAGAUGUCAUUCCACCUCCCGCGGCAGGAAAGAAUUGCUGGAACUAUGCUGUUGUGUCAAGGUACUCGUGAUGGCCAGCAGUUUUGACGGGGAUGUCGAGUGGUGUGAAGAAUCACUGCCGCCGAAAUGCUCUCGAUGCAACUUUAAGCAAGUGGAGGAGGUUCAGGAACUAGUCAGAUGA